UUGGGCAGAAACUAUAAAUUAUGGUACAGAGCCAAGCUAAAAGACUAUGGUCAGACGACAUCACAAGCCACUGCUCGUCAACGAAUACGAUGUAUUACAACUUAUUACUGAUUAUUGGAUGUUUAUUCAUUCAAAUAAUAGACGAAACAGGGGCGGAUUAUCGCGACUGUUCGCAUGAGAACUGCGACAAUACCGUGCGGGUUUACAUGGAUGGGGAGGCUCAUGAUAUCAAAAUACCACCCAACGUAGUUCAAAAUGGAAUACCCGUUGAAGUUGCUAGGCGAAGAAACCGUAAAAUUCGUAAAGUUAGUCGUGACGAGGAGGUGAGUUACAUACCGGUAUUUCUGUUUUCCAACCACGUCAUAGAUCACAUGACCGGAGGCAACAUCAACUUCCAAGGUACUACCGACAUUAAAAUAGAUCAGAAAGAUCAAUCGUCUAAGAAACUGAGAUAUGAAAAAUCGAAAAACUCGUCUCUUGGGAGGUUAUUGAAAUGGUUAAUUCUUAUUUAAUACUAAAAUAACUACAUUAAUACGAGCACAUUUCUAGAAGAUUCAAAUUUAAAUGAAAUUAAAUGAUAC